AUGGCCAAGGCUAAGACCAAGAACUCGGUGAUAAAACUGGUAUCAAUGGCCGCUACGGGCUUUUCGCGUCAUAUCACCGUAUCAAGAGGAGCGCCGCUGGUAACGCAGGUUAGAUAUGAUCCUAUUGCAAAGAGACAUGUUUUAUUCAAAGAAGCUAAAAAGAGAAAGGUAGCGGAGCGCAAAACGCUAGAUUUUCUACGGACCUCGAAAUGA